AUUUGCUGGUUAAGAGCAGAGUUCAAGGAUGCUGGGUCUAUUUCUAUGGAGCUGAUUAUGCAUAUUAAAAAGCACAAAGAGAAGUGGGGAGCAUUUUGGGUGUGGCAUCACGUGCUAUCGUUUGUUUUGAAUUUCGAACAAGAUGAAAUUGCAGAUGAAACACUGAAAAUUUGUCGUCCAAGGAGUUUCAGUUAAGCCUCCAAAGGCAAGUUCACGGCGUGCACAAUGAUAAACAGGGCAGACAGCAUAAAACAUCAUUGCGUGACCUUUUUCCAUGGAUCAGUGGUCACCUACUAUGUCAUUGUCGACUUCCACAUGAGCCAAGCCAAUUACCAACUGUACCAAUCGAACCACCCGAUCACCAAAAUGUUUCUUAGUGGCAACACACAAUUCUUCACGACCUGGAACCAGGCUUUACACCAACUGUUUUUCCUUCUCAGUUUCCUACAAGACAUCCUGUCAUACUCUAAUAAUGAAAAUUACGUUAAAUUUUGCUCAUGGUUUGACGAGUUCAAAUGCAAAAUCUUCAUACCAGUACUUAUGCCUGCGACUUUCAUGACGAUGAUUAACUACUGGGCCAUACAUUUCAUGGCUCCCCAUCUUAUGCUGGCUGAUCUGCAAAUAUUCUAUCCUCCCUGGCUGAAUCACGCUGUGCACACUUUCAUUACGCCAAUCAUACUGGGCGAAUUUUUCAUCACUACGCACAACAUUCCGACUUGGAAGAUAGGAUUCAAAUACGCUACGAUUUUGAUGGCUAGCUACGCAGGAUGGAUUUAUCCUCUUGGAUUUUUCCUCAAUCAGUGGCCCUACCCUUUCCUGGAAGUGCUUACCAUCACGCGGCACAUUUUAUUCUGCCCGUUGAUGUUUAUUCACGGCUACUUCUGGUAUAUUGUGUCGAGAUGCGCAGGAAACUAUAUUUAUGGAGAUUAUUCAGGGAUAAACGUUGAGUCAAGUAAGAAGAAGGAAAAGUAAUCGAUUUGAACCGUGUGAUAUAUUUUUACGCUUCAAUAGUAUAACACUAUUUUUACAAAAAAAUCAGAAUUGAAGACCCUGGCUGGAUAUAAACCUGUUUUAAAGGUUUUGAAUACACAAUUGGAGAGUGUGAAGAGAAUGGAAAAAAUGUGAUAAAAUAUCAGUACAAAUGAUCCGAAAAUCAAACAACUGAAGUUCAAUAUUUGUAUAAUUCUCCCGAAAAUAAACGCUCAAAUCAAUAUACAUA